AUGCGCCUGCCUACCCUAAAGAUGAGGGAAGGAGAGGACAGUUUGAGCCCAACAAGGUCUGCCAAAGGACAGUCUGUCCAAGUCCCUUUCUGCCAGUGGGUAAAAGAGGAGGAGGUCUGUUUCAUGCCUCCAGUUCCCCCAGCUCUGGGGGCGGCAGGACAGAGCCUGCAGAAGGAUAAGGGGGAGCUGUCUGCUGAGCAGGGGAUUUGGGCCACACUGAUGACGCUGGUGAUCAUGGUGACAGCGGCAAUGAGCAGUUUUGAUGAAGUGCUUCCCCCACGCCAGGUGCUGGGCUGUGUGUUCUCCAUGUGCUGUGUCCUUACUGUUCAGAGGUCAAAGCUUGGUGUCCUGGAAUCGCAAAGUAAUGAGCAGGUAGUAAUUGAGAGGAGUGGGCACGAUGUAGACAAACAGUGGAACCACGACCUUAGGGUUGGGGAGACAUUUGGGACAGCUGUGGUGCCCUGCUUAGAGGGGACUGCCCUAGCCGAGUUUUGCCAUCUUGGCCUAGAGUUGCCAGAUCUUCAGAACAAAGAGCGAGUGGAAGAAGAGGGAGCAAAACCAAAGCAUGUGCUGAGCGCCAGUGGGGUGCAGUCUGGUGCCAGGGAGCCUGGGGAAGAGAGCCAGAAGGCGGAUGUGCUGGAGGGGACAGUGGAGAAGCUGCCCCCCAUCAGAGCGUCAGGGCUGGGAGCUGACCCCGCCCAGGCAGUGGUCUCACCAGGCCAAGGAGAUGGUGUUCCUGGCCACCUGCCCCUGCCCACAAAGGUGGAAACCAAGGCUCCUGAGACAUCCAGUGAGAACCUCAGGACUGGCCUGGAAUUGGCUCCAGUACCCGGCAUGGUCAAUGUGGUCUCCUCGAGCCUGGAGGUUGCACCAGGUGCAGGACAAGGAGCAUCAUCCAGCAGGCCUGACCCUGAGCCCUUAGAGGAAGGCAGGAGGCUGACUCCAGGGCCUGGCCUCCAGUGCCCAGGGCCUCCAGGGCUGCCAGCCUGGGCCAGGACAGCCCACAGUGGUGGAGAAACACCUCCAAGGAGGCCUGAGUUAGAUUUGGAGUGGCUUGCCAUGGAUGCCACACUUCCCUUCCUACCUGUCAUUACUGAACCAUGCCCAGUCCCAAGGCACAGUGUUGGAAGGAUUUCUACCUCCCACCCAGAUCUCCAUCCACAUACAAGAGAUGGGUACUCCUGCUGCCUCCAAGUCCCUGGGACUGAGCCCAGAGAACAGACCCCUGAAGGAGCCAGAGAGCUCUCCCCAUUGCAGGAGAGCCGCAGCCCCGGGGGAGUGAAGGCAGAGGAAGAGAAAAGGGCUGGGGCCGAGCCUGGCACGAGAUGAAGCGUGGCCAGGAGCGACGACAACGACCACGCGGCUGGGGCCCUGGGCCUGCAGCAGGGCAAAGGCCCAGGGGCGGGAAACCCUGAGCCUGAGCAGGACUGUGCAGCCAGGGCUCUGGGCAGAGCCGAAGCAGUAAGGAGGACGCCCCCAGGUACUGAGGCUGGCAGCGUGGUUCUGGAUGACAGUCCGGCCCCGCCAGCUCCUUUUGAACACCGGGUAGUGAGCGUCAAGGAGACCUCCAUCUCGGCGGGUUACGAGGUGUGCCAGCACGAAGUCUUGGGAGGGGGUCGGUUUGGCCAGGUCCACAGGUGCACAGAGAAGUCCACCAAGAUCAUCAAAGUGAAGAGCGCCAAGGACCGGGAGGACGUGAAGAACGAGAUCAGCAUCAUGAACCAGCUCAGCCACGUGAACCUGAUCCAGCUCUAUGACGCCUUCGAGAGCAAGCACAGCUGCACCCUCGUCAUGGAGUACGUGGACGGGGGUGAGCUCUUUGACCGGAUCACAGACGAGAAGUACCACCUGACUGAGCUGGAUGUGGUCCUGUUCACCAGGCAGAUCUGCGAGGGCGUGCAUUACCUGCACCAGCACUGCAUCCUGCACCUGGACCUCAAGCCAGAAAACAUAUUGUGCGUCAAUCAGACAGGACAUCAAAUUAAGAUCAUUGACUUUGGGCUGGCCAGAAGGUACAAGCCUCGAGAGAAGCUGAAGGUGAACUUCGGCACUCCUGAGUUCCUGGCCCCAGAAGUCGUCAACUAUGAGUUUGUCUCAUUCCCCACAGACAUGUGGAGUGUGGGAGUCAUCACCUACAUGCUACUCAGUGGCUUGUCCUCAUUUCUAGGGGAAACAGAUGCAGAGACCAUGAAUUUCAUUGUAAACUGUAGCUGGGAUUUUGAUGCUGACACCUUUGAAUGGCUCUCGGAGGAGACCAAGGACUUUGUUUCCCGGUUGCUGGUCAAAGAGAAGAGCUGCAGAAUGAGUGCCACACAAUGCCUGAAACACGAGUGGCUGAAUAAUUUGCCUGCCAAAGCUUCAAGAUCCAAAGCUCGUCUCAAAUCCCAACUACUGCUGCAGAAAUACAUAGCUCAAAGAAAAUGGAAGAAACAUUUCUAUGUGGUGACUGCUGCCAACAGGUUAAAGAAAUUUCCAACUUCUCCCUAAUCUUCAACUCUGCUGCUCCAAUGGGUCCAGAAAUUACUGAGGCCAGUGGUGAAGUGAAGAGAUGACUCAAACA